AUGGGACUCUCAAAUUCGACACAGAAAAAUGAAGCCCAACACACAAAACAAAUCUUCAUCUUAUCCGGCCAGUCGGGCCAGAGCAACAUGUCGGGGCGCGGCGGCGUUCACAACCACCAAUGGGACGGCGUCGUUCCGCUGGAAUGCUCUCCCGAUGCAUCUAAAAUUUUCUGCCUAAACGCACGCCUCUGUUGGGAGGUGGCGCAUGAGCCCCUCCACCGCGACAUUGACAGCCAAAAAAUAUGUGGAGUGGGGCCCGGAAUGUCAUUUGCCAACGCUAUCAAGGAGCGGGUCGGGGUGAUCGGGCUGGUUCCAUGCGCCGUAGGUGGGACCAGAAUUAAGCAGUGGGCACGCGGAACUCAUCUGUACGAGAACAUGGUAAGGAGAGCCAGAGCGGCAGCUGCGCAGGGCAGUGAAAUUAAGGCUAUGUUGUGGUAUCAGGGAGAGAGCGAUACGACGUCGCUCGACAAUGCUGCGUCCUACAAGGAGAACAUAGAGAAGCUUAUUCACAAUGUACGUGCUGAUUUGCAUUUGCCAUCUCUUCCAAUUAUUCAGGUGGCAAUAGCAUCAGGAGAGGGCAAAUUCAUUGAGAAAAUAAGACAAGUGCAAAAGGGAAUUAAGAUCCCACAUGUUUUAUGCGUCGAUGCAAAGGGAUUGCAACUCAAGGAAGAUAAUCUACAUUUAACGACACAAGCCCAGGUAGAAUUGGGACAUAUGUUGGCUGAAGCUUAUCUCACCCAUUUUGUACCCUCCUCUGACUUGGUCGUCUGA